CCCAUCCUGAACGCCCUUGAGGUGCAGGGCAGAGAGACGCGGCUGGUGUUGGAGGUGGCCCAGCACCUAGGGGAGAACACAGUGCGCACCAUCGCCAUGGAUGGGACGGAGGGGCUGGUGAGGGGACAGAAGGUGCUGGACUCGGGCGCUCCCAUCCGCAUCCCUGUGGGCCCUGAGACCUUGGGUAGGAUCAUGAAUGUCAUUGGGGAGCCCAUCGACGAGAGGGGCCCCAUCACGACCAAACAGUUUGCUGCUAUCCACGCUGAAGCCCCCGAGUUCGUGGAGAUGAGCGUUGAGCAGGAGAUCCUGGUGACAGGGAUCAAGGUGGUGGAUCUUCUGGCUCCCUAUGCCAAGGGUGGCAAGAUCGGUUUGUUUGGGGGUGCUGGUGUUGGCAAGACGGUGCUGAUCAUGGAGCUGAUCAACAACGUGGCCAAAGCGCACGGUGGGUACUCGGUGUUCGCCGGCGUGGGGGAGCGAACCCGUGAGGGCAACGACUUGUACCACGAGAUGAUUGAGUCCGGGGUCAUCAACCUGAAAGACGCCACCUCCAAGGUUGCCCUGGUCUAUGGGCAGAUGAAUGAGCCCCCAGGCGCCCGUGCCAGAGUGGCCCUGACAGGACUGACGGUGGCCGAGUACUUCAGGGACCAGGAGGGUCAGGAUGUGCUGCUCUUCAUCGACAACAUCUUCCGCUUCACCCAGGCGGGCUCUGAGGUGUCUGCCCUGCUGGGGAGAAUCCCCUCUGCUGUGGGCUACCAGCCCACCCUGGCCACCGACAUGGGCACCAUGCAGGAGCGGAUCACCACCACACGCAAGGGCUCCAUCACCUCAGUGCAGGCCAUCUACGUGCCUGCUGAUGACCUGACAGACCCUGCUCCUGCCACCACCUUCGCCCACCUGGACGCCACCACGGUGCUGUCCCGCGCCAUUGCCGAGCUGGGCAUCUACCCGGCCGUGGACCCGCUGGACUCCACCUCCCGCAUCAUGGACCCCAACAUCGUGGGCCCCGAGCACUAUGAUGUGGCCCGAGGGGUGCAGAAGAUCUUGCAGGACUACAAGUCCCUGCAGGACAUCAUUGCUAUCCUGGGUAUGGACGAGCUCUCCGAGGAGGACAAGUUGACAGUCGCCCGGGCACGCAAAAUCCAGCGGUUCCUGUCACAGCCUUUCCAGGUGGCCGAGGUCUUCACUGGCCACAUGGGCAAGCUGGUGCCGCUGAAGGAGACCAUCAAGGGCUUCAAGCAGAUCCUGGCAGGCGAGUAUGACCACCUACCAGAGCAGGCCUUCUACAUGGUGGGGCCCAUCGAGGAGGCGGUGGCCAAGGCAGAGAAGCUGGCUGAGGAGCAUGCGUGAGGAGGGGCCCCCACUGCCCCCCCAGCCCCGCCUGGGGCCGGACCCCCAGUAUUUAACGUUUCCAAUAAAACAUCAGUUAAAA